UGCUAUCAGGACUCUCACUCCCAUGCAGCUUGGUAAUGCUACAAAAGACAAGGAAUGAUCCAAUGGAUUCACAUGCGAAACACGUGGCACAAAUUCUGGACAAUGAGAAUUUCUUCAAGACCUCUUGCCCUGAAGUGGAAAGAGAAUUAAAACCAAUUCCCAUCAGUGCGUGGCCUUCCUGGAAAGAUGUUAGGAUAAACAACAUGGGACGUGAUAACGGAUUAAUGGUGACACACGUCAAUCACACACAGGAUUUACUGAGAUUAAAAGGCCCGGAAGUGGAAAUACAUGAUACGCAGUCAUCUGAGGAAUGGAUUCAAACUACUGGCAUACAUGCCUUGCAUCUAACAAUACAAGAUCUACUAAAAUUGGGACAUAUUGUUAUGAGACGAACUACCGAUGCCUCCAAGCAUAUUGAAUUCUCUGCCCACACAAUCAAUGAGUUUGAAUCAAAGAUACACGAAGCUGUUGCACUGUGCCAACAAAGAAUCCGUUUCCUGAUGAAAGGAAGUAAGAAGAUGUUUGGCCUUAUAAAAGGGAACAACGUUGGAUUGCUGGUUGAUUCUUCAGAUCUAAAUUGUGGAGCAAGCAGAAUGGAUUUCUUAAGAAACCUAUUGUGUCUUGUCGAUGAACAGCUGUGUCACAAGAAGGAGCUGUACUUUCUUUCUUUUGGAUCCCAAGUUUCAUAUCUCUGGGCCACUCCACAAGAUGUUAACGUACAGAGCCUUCAUGAAGCCAGACAGUGGAUUCAAGAGCUGCAGCCUCGAGGUGGAUGCAAUUUACUCCUGGCGCUAAGGAAGGCUGUCUGCAUAGAAAAACUGGAUUCUCUUGUCAUCAUUGUAGGCAGCUGCCCUGACCAAUCUUCAGAGGUUUUAUCUGACUUUAUUCAGCAAUGCACUCUGGGAAGAACACUCCAAAUUCACAUUGUGGCAUAUGACAGCACCGGGCAGGAUACAUUACAGAGCCUAGCUGAAGCAGUUGGAGGGUGCUUUUACUGCUACUCUUCCUGGAAAGAGGACGAGAUCUACAGUAGCACUGAUAUUCACCUAUUGGUCAAUGAGAUCCAAAAAGCUAUUGAUGUUCUCAACAAAAUCAAGGAAUUGCGGGAAGGAAGGCUGGGAGAUACACUUGUCAGUAUAAUACAGGAGUUAUCAACAGAGGUUGAUAAGAUACCGCCUUCUGUGUUCCUCCCUAAACCACCUAAUCACGAUGGGCCGUUAAACAUAGAGAUUCCCAAUUUUACACCUAAAGCCUCUGCUGAUUGGCUAAAGAAAAAUGGAUUGAAAGCAAAAAAACUGAGCCUGUAUCAAAUAUUAGCUCCAAACGCUUAUUCCAUGGUCGAGGACUUUGUACCCAUCCUUCAGAAAACUGUCUCAUCUACUCUUCAUGAGAGGGUAAUGCUGCAGUUUGAGUGGCAUGAUGGGUCUAUCAAGAAUGUGCAUGUUGAUCCCCCAGCACUCUAUGAUUACCAGAUACAACUUGCAAAAGUUGCAAAAACCUAUGAGAAAAGAAUAGACUGGCUUACAAACGGCAGCAAAAAAUUCUGGGGCACAAUCUGUGAAAAAAGGGUGGUAUUGUUGGUGGACAUAUCGGUUGCAAACGCCAUGCACAUUAUCAAUAUUCAGCACUCUCUGCGCCUUCUUCUAGAAGAGCAAAUGGCAAACAAAGAUUUAUUCAACAUCAUAGUAUACGGGAAUGAUGUUAAAGCUUGGAAAACGGAAAUGGUCCCAUCAACUGCUAAAAAUCUACAGAGUGCUUGGACCUGGAUAUUGAGUCAGCAAUGUGAAGGAGGCAGAAAUGUUAUCGGUGCAAUUAAAACCGCGGUGGAAGCAAACUUCAUUGAUAAGGAAAACCAUGAAUCACAAGGAAUAUAUCUGUUUACCAGUGGAAUCCCUGAUCAGGAAGUGCAUACCAUUUCUGCUUAUCUAUCUGAAGCUGCCAGUGGCUCAGAUCUGCAGCUACACGUUUGCUUUUACAACCCCAGUGAAGAAGGGAUUGAACAGAAUGAUGUGAUCCGCACAUUGAAACAACUGGCCCUUACGACUAAUGGAAGAUUUCACUGGUGUGACGACAAAGGUGUGAUCGAAAGUGAUGAUAUCAGUAGUAUUGUCUCAGAAAUGGAAAAGGCUGUCAACUACUCCAGAAAGUGUGCUUAUUUGGUGGAAUCUUUGAAACAACGGUCAGGAAACCAGACUGGGAGCUCUUCCAUGUCAGAUAGGGGAGAAGUGGUCCCUUACGAAAAAGAGAAAUACAAGGCACGCAAAUUACCUCUCCCGAAACCUACGGCACUCUCACUUGCCAGAUUGGGCUUAAAGGAAGAUCCAGGAUGUAAUAAGGACCCUUCUCUAAAAGCACUAGUGUGGCGCCCGUGUAGUGGCAAGCCUGAUAUUCCUCCAGCACAACCCUUUAAAGAUUGGCCGCUGUCUGUUUCCAACAAGAAGACAAAACAAAAGAAACAACCUAAGCUGUCAUUUAACGUGUUUUAUACCGAAAAUGGAAAGGAUGUUGGGGUUGUAUACAAAGACUAUCCGUCAACAGAUACUAUAAGAAAAGCCGUUCCCUUCAUUGUAUUGCCUAAAGAAGAAGACAUUUGUUCGACUAAAGCGUGGUUAAAGAAGUACAGUUUGAAGAAACUGAGACUGGAGUUGCCCAAACUGAUAUUCGGCCCAGACUGCACUCAUCAGAAACGAAUGGUGCCUACGUUACACAAGAAAGUUUCUGCAAAAUACUGUACUAUCUUCCCAAGCGUAGAAGUCAAUGGAGUGGUGAAACAUCUGCAAUUUCAGCCCAAGGAGCUGGAGGAAUACAUCGAGCAACUAGAGAAAGUACUCAGACGUUACAUUGAGAGAAUGCAAUGGCUUUUGUCAGGAAGCCGUCGGCAAUUUGGGACCAUACUGGAAGCUAAAAUAUGCCUGUUAAUAGAUGCAUCUUCAUCCAUGGCUCCUUUUUUCGUUGAAUUACAGAAAGCAGUAACGUCCCUUUUAUGGGAGCAGCUGAGAGCGAGAAAUGUCUGGUUUAAUAUGAUAAGCGUUUCGGAAAGCAUGGAUUCUUGGCAGGAGUGUUUGGUGGAGGCAACAGAUGAAGCGUGUCACGAUGCUUCACAGUGGAUUUCCCGGCUAAGGCCGCAAGGGAACACCUGUAUUCUUCACGCUUUAGAGAAAUGUUUACAGUUUCCAGGCGUGCAAGGUCUUUAUGUAGUGACUGACGGGAAGCCUGACUCAAGCUACAAUAUUUUACUAGCCGAAAACAUCCUUAAAUCACACUGUAUCAAAGUUCAUACUGUGUCACUGAACAACUCUGAAAAAUACGGAAAUGAAUUUCUGAGGAAGAUUUCUACUCUCUCUGGCGGUCGUUACCAUUGUUGCCAUGGAGAUAUGGAUGGCCACUUUGCUGCACAUCGUAUGUUAACUGAGGGUUUCUUCGAUGAAGACGACCCUGUUCUCCCUGUAUUUGAAGGUGAUGAUCUGAAAAGACUUGCUAAAGCAAUAGACCAAGCUCGGAAAUUUGUAACGCGAGCAAGACACUUCCGGUUGCUUGUAUUGGAUAAACAGAAAUUGGACUCUAGAAACAUGUCUACAGAAGGAAGCGAGGUAUCAGAUGAUUGAAAGAAGAUUAUUAACUAUUUCUUUGAAGAAGUACCCGAAUCUAAUAAAUUGACUUGUGUGGCUUUAUAUACUUAUAUUGGUAUAGUAUUUUUUGAAAUGUACUACAGAAGAUCACUUGGAAUCCUUUUAAAUGACCACUAGAAAUAACUGUAUAUAUAUCUAGUAGCAUCACACUUUCUGUAAU